UCUUAUUGGUCUUGCAUUACAGCCGAUAGUAUCGAUAGUCUUAAAACAUCGAUAGUAUUUUUUUAAAAGACAAACCAUCGAUAUAUCGAUAGUAUCUUCGAUAUUUUUGCACCCUACUAGUAAUUGGAAACUUUAAAGGGGAAAUCACCCAAUUUCUUGCGAACUGUGCGCUUCCCGUCUCCCGAAAACAUAACAAAGAACUGGUCCUUGCUGGGGCCACGUAAUCAUUUCAUGUUUGUAUAUCAGCAGCUCGAUUUCACAAUCGCAGAGUAGGCUAUCAGUUGCCAUACAAGUGUUUUAUUCAUUUUUAGUGACUGCUCAUUCAUAAUACAUAAUUCUUCAAUAGUAAAAUAAUAAAAUUCUUAAAAACCAAAACUCGAAAAUAAGAUGACUCCGAGUCCUACUGAAAGUAAAACCAUAUCAAAGGCAGAAAUGGAGCCUCGUCGUUAUCAGUUGGAGCUCCUGGACUAUGUCAUGCAUAGGAAUGCGAUAAUAUACCUACCUACCGGCGCCGGCAAAACUUACGUGGCGAUAAUGGCACUGAAGCGUUUUUCCCAUCAAAUGCAAGAAACAAUUGAAAAUGGUGGAAAACGUGCAAUUUUCAUGUGCAACACUGUAGAAUUAGCUCGCCAACAGGCUAUUGAACUGAAACGUUGCACCAAUUUAGCAAUCGGAUUCUAUGUGGGAGAGCGUGACGUCGAUAGUUGGUCUCGUAAAAAAUGGGAUGAGGAAAUUAGAGUAAAUCAAAUUCUCGUGGGAACCGCACAAAUUUUCCUAGAUAUAGUUUCGCAAAAUUAUAUUAAAAUUACUGAUUUAAGUGUGGUGGUAAUCGAUGAGUGCCAUCAUGCAACAAAAAGCCAUCCAAUGCACGAGUUUAUGCGUCACUUUCGUGAUAUCGCUGAUAAAUCUAAAUUGCCAAGAGUGAUUGGUUUGACAGGCGUUUUGCUGAAGGGUAACAAAUUAGCUAAAAUUCGCGAAGAACUUGAGAAUCUGGAGGCUACGUUUCGUGGCAAUAUUGUUACAGUUAGUUCUAUAGAAGAAUAUAGAAACGUGAUGGUGUAUUCGACGAAACCAACAGAAAAACUAGUAACGUAUUCAAGUCAAGCGCACAAUUUUAAAUUGCAUGACACUAUCAAAAGUAUCAUUGCCGAAUGUUUUGUUGUUGUAGAUGCAUGGAAUUUAGGAGUAAUACCAGCAAAGCAAACAAAAAAUUUGGGGACAUUGCGCGAACCCAACAAAAAGAAUUUUUUAAAAAAUCUGCUAAAUGAUUUUUUAUAUCAAACAAAUGAGUUUGGCUUAUAUGCUUCGGCAAUUGCUAUUAUGUCUCCGAUAAUCGAAUUUGAAGUAAAAAAACGGCAGGCUGAAACAAUUGCAUUGCGAAAUCUUUACCGUUACACCAUAAGUGUAUGCGAAAAAAUACGACAUAUGCUAAUAAUGGAGUUAAAAGAAGAGGAUUCAGAUCCAGAUAGUGCUUGCCACACCACUGAUAUUAUAUUGAAUUUUGCUACACCUAAAAUGCGUACACUUCUUGGUUUAUUGAGCGAUCUUUUCGAGAAUAAAGAUCCGACCGGCAUUCGAUGCUUAAUAUUCGUAGAGCGACGGUACACGGCCAAGUGUGUAUAUUAUGUUUUAAAAAAGUAUAUUGAACAAAAACCAGGGCUGGCGGAAACCCUACGUCCACAAUUCAUGGUGGGGCGGAACUCGAUAAUGCCAAGUAUAGAGAGUAUUCUUGACCAGAAAUGGAACAAAUCGGUGACGAUAUAUACUUUCACCUAUUACAUACCUUCAAAUACAAGGGUCUCUUAUUGGAUGCAUUGUAAGUGCUAUCACUGAAUAGCAAUUGCUGCAAUCGUAUAAAAUAUAAGUACAUUUUGCGCUCGUUACCAUACCGAUUUAGGGGCAGCAUUUUCGUAGAUUUUACGAGAAAUCUGAUUACAAUGGAUUUAGUAAUAACCCACACAAAUUGAUGCAGUUAUAUCGUCGCCUUAGAGUGUAAACCUGCUAACGACCAAAAAACAUAUUUUACUGUAGAGA